AUUUGUUAUCUUUUUAAUUUCGAGCAAAUUAUCAAGCGUAUAAAAGGUAUGAUUAAUUAUAUGGACAAACCCAGUUAUCCUCUAUACUAUCAUCAUGAAGCCAGCUGUGAUUUUGGUGUCUCUGUUGGUUUGUGUCUCCGCCAAAUCGUUUAACUUCGAUACGUCUGAUUUCAAUACGGCGUAUGGAUAUAUAACUAAAUAUGGGAUCCCAGAAGGUGAAAGAAUCCAAAAAGCUGAAGAGGAAUAUUUAAAAAGUCAGUCGUCACGAAUCGUCGGAGGUUCCCCUUCCACUCAUGGACAAUUUAAAUAUCAGGCUGGCUUGAUUGGUGAUAUUGUCGGACAUACGGGCAGAAGUGUCUGCGGUGGUUCCCUAAUUAGUAACAACCGAGUUGUCACGGCAGCUCACUGUUGGUCUGACGGUACAAAUCAGGCUUGGAGGUUUACCGUUGUCCUCGGCUCGGUACUGCUGUUCAGUGGUGGCACCAGGGUUGAAUCCUUGAAUGUUGUGAUGCAUCCACAUUGGUUUCCUCAAUUGAUUCGUAAUGACAUCGCUGUUAUCUAUUUACCUGCUCCAGUAACAUUCUCAGACUCCAUUAACAAAAUAUCUUUGCCAUCUGGACACCUACUAAAUGACAACUUUGUCGGAUCUGAAGCUACUGCGUCAGGCUUUGGAAUAACCAAAGAUGGUGGCAGUAUAGCCGCUGACCAAUACUUGAGUCAUGUACGUUUGAACGUGAUUUCAAACUUACGAUGCUCAGUGGCCUUCCCAUUAAUUCUUCAACCUUCGAACAUCUGCACAUCGACUACAGGUGGACAAAGCACGUGCCGUGGAGAUUCUGGUGGUCCACUUGCUUUAGAAAGGGAUGGUGAAACUGUUCUGAUUGGUAUUACCUCGUUCGGAUCUGCUUUAGGCUGUGAAAUCGGAUUCCCGGCUGUUUUCGUCAGGGUCACAUCCUACAUUGACUUUAUAACGGAAAACAUUUAAAGGGAACUUAAUUAUU